AACUCAGCAAUGGGCGAACGUCUUCAUCAUUGGAUUUGCUCCUUGGGGAUCCUGUCACUUGGAAUUUUUGCAGAAGCAACCCCCAUCUUGCUUCCAUGGCCAAUUUACUUGCCGAGCAGUAGCGGAGCUUCCAGCAGCAACGGAGCUUCCAGCACAACAUCCUCAACAUCAGCUCGAGCUCCAAACAACGUUACACUCUCAAUUGGAAACCGCGUCAACACCGAAGCCGGCCUCGAUGACUAUGGAACAACCAUCGACGGGCUGACCAUCAACCUGGCCCGUUGGUGGGGAAAUUCAUCGUUGAAUCCAAACGGGACUGAAGUUCAAAUCGUUACGAACCUGAACGAUACUCUCACGAUUCGCUUCGGUUUUCGCUCAAACACGACUAAGAACACGGCCGUCGACACGACGAAUGUAACGAAGGCAACAGGCGAGCGCAAGAAACGUUCUGCUCUACAAAUUCCUUCGAUACCGGAUAUCCCAUCUUUUCCCGCCAGCCUUACCGUUCCUUCGAUCCCUAGUGUCCCCAUUCCACGCCUCAACUCAUCAUUCAUAUCGAUUAACGACAUAUUAAUUCCUCUACCAGAUUCCCUAUCGAAUCUGUCCCUAACUCGCCAGCUCGAUAUCUCCGACGGUAGCUCCGACUCCUCGCAGCAACCUUGGGAAUUCAUCCGUCGGAUAGCGGAAAGGCAACUUUUCCCAAUCGAAUCGCUGGAUCCACUGGUAGAGCUUCUAUCCAGUCAGUACAAUUCAACGGCUAAACCGGCCUUCGAUACCAGUUUGAGUGUGCUUUCCGACCUGCAGCAGUUCGCUUCGUCGGUGGUAAACACCGGACUGGAUUUCGUCGAUAGUCAGGCUUCGCAGCAUAUCGGAAACGCGAUAAGAGCAUUUAACGGACUGACCAGAGCAGGUCAGAGUUGCGCUGGGGAAUUCCCCGAGGAUGCCGGACAGCGAGUGGCCCGGAAAGCUACCGAUUGCGUUCGGGAUCGACUCAACGAGGUUAACGACAUUGUGGAUCAAUUUCGUGAUGUGGUUUCAAGUACAGAGAAUGUUUUCGGUGGAUGGUUGCGGCAACUUAGCGCGUGUAAUGCCAGUGCUUUUGCCAACGGGGAUCGGUCGGAGCAAGAAACCGCUCAACGAAGAUGUUAUGUACAGGCCACCGCCGAGUCCGUCACUAAAAGCCUCUUCGAUCUUCCCAUACGUUGGGCUAAUUUGGCCGUUCGAACGAACAACGCCGUUAACAAUUUCCAGCCCGAUGUGACGUUGUGCGUCGCCAGCGUCGGAACCGAAAUAGCAUCCAUUUCGACGGACUAUUCGCUUAGAAUAGGUCUGUGUCAAAUCAUUCCCUGAUAAUAAUUAGGUCUAAUAAAGCGAGAGAUGAAAAAAAAAACCUAACAAACUUACCCAGCCUCAGCUCGCCAAAGUUGCCACAGCCGAUCUUUUUGCCGACUCGAAAGUUCGGCCCGACCAUUAGGACGCCGGACGACGAACUGACCGAGUGCCGGGCGGAGUACAUGCUGCUGCCACCACCCCGGGCGGCGCCGCCUCCGCCGCCGCCCCCGGCCGUGGUCGAUGUUCCGGCACCGGGAACUCCACUGCAAGUAGAAAAAGAAAUAAAAAAAAAACAGCAAAUUAGCAAAAGUCAA